CAGAUGGGAAAAGUGGUGUGUGAAAUGUACUGUCCUGUCCUGCCCGGAAUACAGAUGACAGCAUGAGGGUUUAAAUGUCUGGACAACGAGAAAUUCUGAAAGUGUACUCAAGGCUGGUGGUGGCUGGUCCCCUGCAGGAAGGUGAGGUGCCGGAGGCCCCUCCACCCCCUCUGGACAUCGAGGGGUCCCCAGCAUACACAGUAUGUUCUUUUCUGGACUCUAGACGCCGGGUGAGGGCCCUAAAGUACCUCGUGGACUGGGAGGGGUACGGUCCGGAGGAGAGGUGCUGGGUACCUGUGGGGGACAUCUUGGACCCAUCACUACUGAGGGACUUCCACCGCCUCCACCCGGAUCGCCCUGCUCCUCGCCCCCCGGGUCGCCCUCGAGGCCGAUGACGGCACGCUGCGGGAGCCGCGCCAGGGGGGGGGGGGGCACUGUCACGACUCCCACCAAAGGUGGCUCCCCUGUGGUUGUGCGUGUAGUGUUCCUGUCCGUUCGUGCCCUGCGUUGGUUUGGUCAUUUUUGUGAUUAUUUUGCCUGUUGUUUUGGGCGUUAGCAUUGGAAACCGAAAUAAAGUCCGGUUUCCCCAGUAUCCUCUACUCUCUGCGUUUGACUCCGCACCCACCACUCCAGGCGUUGUGACAAGACAUAACUUGCGUACAUUCAGUCAACACAUAUAUUUAAAGAAUGGAAUGGAAUAUAACAGACCAUUUUUGUUUCUCUUAGAAUAAAAACCUUAGUGUUAAAUCAGUGUCAAAAGCGCAAGAGA